AUGUCAUCUUGGUACUCGAGGAUCCUCACCAACACCACCUCUCAGAUCUCGAACCUGCAGAGUCGCUUGUUGCAGAGCGAAAAUGACGGCGACACUGAAGACGACACCCACGUCUGCAGAGUCCUGAGAGGCUAUUACACCGAGAAGGGCCGUCCGUUCCCAGGCUGGCUGCCGCCCGACCCAAAGGCACCACCCCCAGCAGCGCCCGUCUACGCCCAACCAGCCCAGCAAGUCGGCGCACGAUACGGAGGUCUGCAGCAGCAACAGCAAGCUGGUCCUACGACGGGCUUGAGCUCUCUGUGGGACAAUAACGGUGGCGCGCAACAGAGGCAGGACACGAUGAGCCUGCGACAAGGUCGCGGAGCUCCCCCACCGAUGCGAGGCGCCGAGCAGCAGCCCGCGCGUCUGAGCCCCUUUGCCCGAGCCGGAGACAAUGGACGCGAAGAAGUGCAGGCCCGACCUCUGCCCAGUCAGCGAGCGGGCAGCUAUCAGCAAAGUGCGGCGUAUGGAAGAGACACGACAAACACACCACCGGGUAGCUCAGCGGGCGGCUCAGCACAGGAUCGGCUUAAGCAGCGACUAUGGGGAGGUGCGAGAACAACCAGUCCGGCAUCCGGCGGCCAAGGACCAUUCCAACCACCGAUGGGCAGAGGCGGGAGCGGUGACUACGAAGACAGAUUUGCUCCCGGCGGCAUGUACGAUGGUAAUGGAGGCGGCGGUGGUGGAGACUCAGAUCCCCCGCCGUCCGCCAACGCUCCACCACCGACGCGACCUCGUUCGCCGUCGGGGAGCUUCUAUGCCCUCAGCGACGAUGAGGAAGGGGACUACAACACAAUCACGCAUACAGAAACAGGACGGGGCGUCAAGCUUCUCUUCUCUAAGAGCAAGGUCUAUGUUCACCCCACGCCAUCUGCGAAAGAUAAUAUCCCAGGCUACAUAGCCUUACUCCAGCAAAAGGGAGGCUCAAGCGAACGACCGACUUCCUCCUCAUCUCGAGACUCUCGCAGCCCACCUCCUUCCAACCUGCUCCUAGCAUGGCUCCCCGAAACAUCUCUCGGCGAAUCCGAGAGUAUUUACGUCAAGGUCGACCUCAGUGAAGGUGAAUCGCCGCCUAAGCAGUCGUACCUGGUACCCCCUCCGCCGACGGUCACAUCCCACAGAGGCUCUGUAGGCACAUAUGCUUUCGCCAUUCCGGUCAGCGCAAUAUACUCGCUUCUCGUGAGACCACCGAGUCUGGGUUGGUGGUUCGGCUCUCUAAUCAUCAACUCGAGAGCUGGUGACAGUUUUCCCGCGCUAUUUUUCCACGACAGCGAAUGUCAGAGCACCAUCCUAAAGAGGAAGAGGCGGACGAGGGACAGCUUCGACCCAUUCGGUGACCGGGGUGAGAUGUUUUGGGGCGGCGAUGAGGUUCUGCGAUGGUUGCGGCGCUACGUUCCGAUCGAGAGAUCCGGCGCCGAGCCCAACAUCUACUUGGUGGAGCCCUCGAAGGAGGACAGCGAGGCAUUCAGUGGUAAGCUCACGUCCAGUACGGCUCAGGCCGGCCAAAAAGAUGGUUCGGGGACUCGAGCCGGCGGCGCUGGCCCCAGUGGUGAUGCGCAGAUUCGACCCAUUCGAGAUCCGGCGCCGAGCCCAACAUCUACUGUAGUGGGAGCCCAUCUGAGGAGGACAGGGGCAUUCAGUGGUAAGCUCACGUCAAGUACAGCUCCAGGCCAGACUUUCAAGAAAAGCGCAAUCAGGAGUGCCGAACAAAGUGAGCGGGAUCGGAGCCAGAGGAUAUGGACUGCUAAGGAGGUCUUGGAGCUCGAGGACACCGAUGUUGGAGAGUUCGAGCUCCUAGACGGCAGUAGCACCAUGUCGUUGGAAGACAGAAGAAAGACGGUGACGCUGAAAGAAUGGAACACGUUCUUUGACCCACGAACCGGAAGGCUUUCAGUCACUGUUGACGAAGUCAAAGAACGGGUGUUUCACGGAGGACUGGACCCAGACGAUGGUGUGAGGAAAGAGGCAUGGCUCUUUAUUCUCGGGGUUCAUGACUGGUAUAGCACUGCCGAGGAGCGGAAAGCUCAUCUCGCGUCCCUACGAGACGAAUAUGUCAAGUUGAAGGGAGCAUGGUGGGAGAGGCUAGUAGACUUGGGAGGCGAGGGCGAACAGGGCGAGUGGUGGCGUGAGCAACGCGGUCGAAUCGAAAAGGAUGUUCACCGGACAGAUCGUAAUGUGCCCAUCUUCGCCGGAGAAGACAUUCCGCACCCCGAUCCCGACUCCCCCUUUUCUGAGGUCGGCACCAACGUCCACCUUGAGCAGAUGAAGGACAUGCUCCUGACGUACAACGAGUACAACAAGGAUCUCGGCUACGUGCAGGGCAUGUCUGAUCUCCUUGCUCCCAUCUACGCUGUCAUGCAGGACGAUGCCAUCGCCUUUUGGGGCUUCCAGCACUUCAUGGACCGCAUGGAGCGCAAUUUCUUACGAGAUCAGUCUGGCAUGCGAUCUCAGCUACUGACUCUUGAUCAUCUCGUUCAGUUCAUGGACCCCAAGCUUUACGCUCACCUGCAGUCUGCGGAUAGUACAAACUUUUUCUUCUUCUUCCGCAUGUUGCUCGUCUGGUAUAAACGGGAGUUCGAGUGGAUGGACGUAUUGCGUCUUUGGGAGACUCUGUGGACGGACUACUUGAGCAGCAGCUUCCACCUCUUUGUGGCCUUGGCCAUUUUGGAGAAGCACCGCGACGUCAUCAUGACCCACCUGCAGCAUUUUGAUGAGGUGCUCAAAUACGUCAACGAGCUUUCCAACACAAUGGAUCUUGACUCAACUCUAAUUCGCGCGGAGGCGCUAUUCCGUCGGUUCCACCGCCUGGUUGAGGCCGUCGAUAAGAAGGGCAAUUUUCCGGGACCGAGAAUCCGAGACCCGGGAUCUCCUUCGAAGUCGGCAUCUAAUGACAAAUCGCCACAGGAGAGCCAAAGCAAUGCAGGCCCAGCAUCGCCACGCAAGGACAAGAGCAAGGCAACUGAAGAGCCCGAGGUCAAGAAGAUCAUCACUCCCGAGUUGAGAGAGCUGCUUAGUCGGAAGGUCGUGAUCUUGCCGCGGAAAGAAGUAGCGAAGAAGGGCGACGGCCCCGGAAGGUCAUGA